AUGUUCCAAAAGCGAAAUCUAUCUGCGCUGAAGAAUCGCACACCACUAGAGCAACCUGAGAGUAUAUCAAAUCCAUCACAGGAUAAGACCGCUGCUUCUACUACCGUAAAGUUAUCUGACCGUCGUCCUAACCGGAAACUUUGCGCUGGAAGUACACGUGAUACACGGCCAAAGUCAGACAUCAGUGGCGACGUUGGUAUUUUGGACCGCUCAGAGGAGCCAAAGGAUGACCAGAGGGCUACAUCAACAUACGAAAUUGAUACCGAGACAACUAAGGACCAUCGUAGCAUCUUGGAACGCAAUGCCGAGAUCGGACGUCAGCUAUUGAACAAUGAGCUUGAAGAGGGAGUAUACCGUGGCCGUGGAGCAUAUCGUCCUGUUAUGAACAUACGUGAAGGUAGUAUUUCUGCAGCUAAGUACACCGGGUUAUACGGCCCUGUACGUGGUUCUAUGACAAAUGUGCGCACUACACUGCGCAUAGAUUAUCAACCUGACGUUUGUAAGGACUACAAAGAAACGGGGUACUGUGGAUUUGGAGACUCGUGCAAAUUCCUACAUGACCGUAGCGACUAUAAAUCUGGCUGGCAAUUGGAGAACGAGUGGGAACAGGAACAAUCUGCAAAACGACAAAAAUUACAGGCAAAAUUAGAUCGUUGGCAGCGCAAAGUAGAGAAGAACCUUGCAGACCCUGAAGCGGCAUCCUCGGGAUCAGGAGGUGAUGCUUCGUGUGGCGAAGGUUCCGAUUCCAGCUGCGGGUCAGACAGCUCGUCGGAUGACUCCGAUUCAGAAUCUGGCACUGCCGAACGGUCCCAUUAUGCACGGAAACUUAAAGCAUGCGCACGCAAGCUUGAUAUACCAUUUGCCUGUUUGGCAUGCCGUAAAGCUUGGCGUGAAUCAAUGAACCCUAUAGUGACCACUUGCGGUCACUACUUCUGCGAGUCGUGCGCUAUUCGAGCGUACUCCCGAAACAUGAAAUGUGCAAAAUGCGGUGUAGCACAAGAUGGGAUACUGAAUCCAGCACAAUCUGUGUUGAAACUAUUAGCAUCAUUGGAUGAACAAACAGAUUGA